AUGUCUCAGCAAUACACCGUUGGCGAUGGCUCCCCAUUCCUCAAGAGGGUUGUCGUCCCCUUUUACAUCGUUCGAAUUGCAGUAAUGCUUCUUAAUAUCAUUGUCUACUCAUCAACAAUUGCGAUUGCCGUCAACAACAAGAAUGCCAUAGACAGAGAAUCCGGUACCGAGCAUGGUACAACCUACCUCAUUGCCGCCGCUGCCGUCAUCUUGGCCAUCAUCGCUGCGUGCCUAAUUCUCGACAUUGUCUGCAUUGUCAAGCGCUCGCGGAGAACACUUACGCCGCUAUUCUUCCUCGUUGCCAACUGCAUCCAAACAGCCAUCUGGACAGUCAUCUUUGGUCUGACAGUAGCCGCCUCCCUCGGUUCGCCCAUCACAAUCGUCGUUAGCCUUGUGAUUUACAUCUCGUUUCUCAAUAUGCUUCUUUACGGUUCGAUCAUUUACCACAGGCACCGCAAGGGAACCCUGCGUGGCGACUACGCCCCCGCGAACCAAAACCAGCCAACUGCGUAUUACGGCCACUCCGACAACCAGCAGACGAAGCCAUUUAACUCCGAAUCAUACAAUAUGGAGAACCGAUAUGCCUAA